AACAUGGCGGCGAUGGUUAAGGAGAAUGAUGAGAGAGAGAAGAAUGUAUUGGCAUGGAAAAACAAAAUGGAAAAAGCGAAGAAGGGUGAAAUCCUCAGAGAGUUACGGAAAUUAAGUGUACAAGUGGUAGCUAUGGAACGUGAGAAAACAACACACCUGUACAGUAAGAGGAGUGAAUUCAGACAUGACUUUGCUUCCCUUGAAGAAUUGGAUUCCAAAAUGACUGCAGAAAUCAAGUCAGAACAGGUAAAAGUGAAACAACAACUUGAAAAGAUUGGUCAUAUGGUAAAACGCUUCCACAAAGAGUUGAAAGACGUGAAGCCAACACCAGAAUUUGUAGAAAAAUUGAAAGUGACCAUGGAAGAGAUAGAGGGUACUAUUAACAGCUUUAAAGAAAACCAAAGAAAACAUUAUGAAGAAUUAAUCAGAGAUGAGAGAAUAACGUCUCAGGAAAUCCAGGCUCUGGAGAGGAAGUUUGACGCCUGGAGUCAACUCUCGGAAAAAUCCAACAGUAAAAAUAAACUUCCAUCAGCUCCAUUAGCGAGUGCCAGAGACAUCACCAAAGAUCUGCCACCACAGGUAGCAGCAUUUGAGAAAUUUCUGGAGGAAACUGGGGGUAUAAGAGGUGGCUGGGAUGAAUAUGAUCAUGGUACAUUCCUCAAGUUCAGGAACAGAUACAAGGGAAAGACAGUUUUUAUAAAACAUGCACUGGUGGCCAUACCAACUAAAACAGAGGAGGAAAUCAGAGAUCAUGAGGAGUGGUAUCAGACAUAUCUAUCCAUGAAUGAGAAAAAGAAGGAGAGCAUUCGGAAAUGGAGGGAGCGAAAAGAGGGUGAAAAAGAGGAUGUUCUAAGUAAAGUGGAGACAGAGCUGGCAGAAGAGCAAGAAAAAGAGAAACAAAAACAAGAGAGAUUAAAGGAGCAACUAGAAGAGGAAAAAAGACAGAGAUUUAGUCAGUUGAAUGCUUGGAAGGUGCAAAAAGAACUAGAGAGGGCACAAGCAGAAGAAAAAAAGCUGAGAGUUGCAUUAGAGAAAGCAAAGAAAGAAGAAGAGAGAAAGAAAGAAAAGGCUGAAUUGAAACAAAAGGUCGAGAUACACAAGAGAGAGAGAGAGGAGGAGGAGAGAUUUUUGGAGGAACAGAAGAGGGCCUGGGAACAGGAGGACAGAGAAAGACAGAAACAGAUCUCUGCGAGGGAGAUUCACCGAUUCAGGGAUAGGGACCAGAAGAAAAUGCAAGAAAAGUUAGCAAAGGAGAAGGAAAAAGAAACUGAAAAGAUACAGAAACAAAAACGACUGGAUAAACUCAGGGAACAGGUUGAUAUAGAAGUGGAUAGAGAUCCAAACAGAUUGUUAAAACCUACAGCAGGCUGGACAUCUAGAUUGAAGGACAAGGGACCGACAGGGUCAGGGCCUGUCUUAAAUAUGCCCCACAGGGCUAUUCCUUCCUGGCGCCAAGGAAUGACAUGAUGUCCUGCAACUGGUCUAUUUAUGAUGUUAAUUGUGCUUUUUUUUUCUUAGAAGAAUAAAAUCAUACUUUC